AGGAACAUUAAUUAAUCAGACAGAUAUUUUAUACAAAGUAGAAAAAUGGCUUUGCUCACAUACUGUCCUUUGGGCUUGCUUGAUACCGAGUACUUGAACAAUGAAAUGGAUAGAAAUAUUCCAAUGACAUACUGCCGUAAUCGACCCCUGACCUUUAGUAAAAGAGCAACGAACAGAAGAGUAAUUUAAUAUAUGACUAGAUGUGGCAGAUCCCACAAAACAAGUUUUAUAGCUGAUCUCUUGAUCUCUGCUUGGAUCAUUUGGUUCAUAACUGAACUAAAGCCUGUCGUGAGCCCAUAGCCCAGCUGCAAAUUGUAUGUAAAGAAGUUGUCUGACAUUAUCUAAGGCUUUGCUCCCUAAUAUGGCGCUUAGUCUUUUUUGGCUUUAUUUUUUUGAAAAAAAAAGAACAGUUAAUUAAAGAUGUUAACACACACAAUACUAUUUUAUAUGACACAAACAACACAGUGAACGAUGCACAUUGAUUCUUGUAAAAGAGCAGAUUCAUCGCGAUCAGAAAUACACUUCUUUUUACUUCAAAGUAUCAUUAGAAUGUUGCUUAAUUUGAAUACAUGAAAAUACUGCUACUACCCUAAAAAACCCCUCUAAUGUGUCUUUCUUUACGUUAAAUGUAAUAUCACAUUGCAAUAAUUUUGUCAUUAAAAUUCGCAUUGUAACAGAACAGAAUAUACACUCUCACACACGUGUUAAACUCACACAUCUUCUUACUAUCCGAAAGGUGGCACUGUUGAGUUUAGAAAAAUGCCCCUUGCUUUGUCUGUUAUUCUUUAAAAACAGUUUUAUUUAUUUUAAAAUGGCACUUGCAAUGUAAAAAUUACUUUGUUGUUUUGUUCAAUUUAUUUUAUUGUUAUUUAGGUUUGUCAUGCCCUCUGAUAUAGACUACAUCAAUCAUAAAUAGUACUAGAGAGCUUAUGUGAUUUGUAUUAUGUAUUAUUUUCUAAAAAGCUCUUUAGAGUUGUAUUAGAACUAUUUCUUAAACACAAAAUCUGUUAAUUUACUGACAUAAGAGAAUACAAUGGAUUAUUUUAAAAGUUCUUCAAAAUGUUAAUGCUAAAACGCAUUAUAAACACAAAAGACUUCACUUCACUUCGCAUUAUAAACACAAAAGAGUACACCAAGGAAGCAAAAACUAGUGAAUUAAAUGAAUGAAAAUAAACAGAAAAUAAAGGUGGGGAGAGUUAAACGUUGACAGUGAACAUUAACUCUUUCCUCAUGCGCAUACAGUGACAGUCAGCUGACCAGAAAAGUUUUGCUUUCCGAAUUUACAUGCUAAUAAACAUGAGAUUCGGAACGUCUAUUGGCUGGUUUCGCGUCUGACGUCACGGCAGCUGUAAUACACCGUCGUGCUUUUAAACUCUAGUGUGCCAAGCCGACUUUUAAAACUCUCUUCUGCUGGAUCUGUGUGUACUUCCUAACCGUUACAUCCAGCCGUCUAGCCACUAUGCCGUCCGCUCUUCUGGAGUCAGUAAAGUGUUAUGCUUAAAACCCAAAGCCGCCGAAAGUUUCCUGCGCAAAAAGGAGACAGUGAUCUGAUGCGUGCACGCAGCGGACAGUGCCAACGAGAGCGCGUAAUCUUGAGUUAGGAGCGCACCGAAGACUUGAGAGUUUGUUUGUUCCUGUUUAAGGUGAAACAUUUAAACAUCACCAAGCUGGCUCACCCUCUCCCGACCCAGCCUGUCCUGACAGCAACCCUUCAGCCUCUCUGGAGGACGGUCAGCACCAAGAGGAUGGCAUCAGAGCUGGCACUGAGCGCCCCCGACCUGCCCACAAGUCCCCUGGCUAUGGAAUAUGUUAAUGACUUCGAUCUGAUGAAGUUUGAGGUGAAGAAGGAGCCACCGGAGCCCGAUCGCAGCAUCAGCCAGUGCAACCGUCUAAUCGCCGGGGGAUCUCUGUCUUCCACCCCGAUGAGUACGCCUUGCAGCUCGGUUCCCCCUUCCCCGAGCUUCUCGGCGCCCAGCCCGGGCUCCGGGAGCGAGCAGAAGGCGCACCUGGAGGAUUUUUACUGGAUGACCGGUUACCAACAACAGUUAAACCCGGAGACGCUGGGCUUCAGCCCCGAGGACGCGGUGGAGGCGCUGAUCAACAGCGGUCAUCAGAGUUUCGACGGCUAUGCGAGAGCGCAGCAGUUCACCGGCGCAACCGGAGCAGGCGGCGCAGCGGCUGGGGAGGAGAUGGGCUCCGCCGCCGCGGUGGUGUCCGCAGUCAUUGCCGCCGCCGCAGCGCAGAACGGGGCACCUCAUCACCACCAUCUUCACCAUCACCACCACAGCCACCAGCAGCACCAAACUCCUGGGGUCCUGUCCGGCACCCCCGCUGCCCAUCACCAGUAUGCACACCUGGACGACCGUUUCUCCGACGAGCAGUUGGUGACCAUGACAGUGCGGGAGCUGAACCGCCAGCUGCGAGGUGUCAGCAAAGAGGAGGUGAUCCGUCUCAAACAGAAGAGGAGAACCUUGAAAAACAGAGGCUAUGCGCAGUCGUGUCGCUUUAAGCGGGUCCAGCAGAAGCACGUCCUGGAGGGCGAGAAGACCCAGCUCGUGCAGCAAGUGGAUCACCUCAAGCAGGAGAUUUCCAGACUGGUGCGCGAAAGAGACGCGUACAAAGAGAAGUACGAGAAGCUGGUGAGCAGCGGCUUUCGAGAAAACUCGUCGAGCAGCGACAACAACCCCUCAUCUCCUGAGUUUUUCAUGUCUUCCAGAAAGUUUCUUCAUCUGUGACUGUUAGGAGCUGUGAUCUUCCGGACCCUGGCCUAUAGGAGUGAGGUAAAACACCUCCUGUCACCCCUCUGACUCUCAUCUCUUAUGCACUUCUCUUACACUAUACACAUACACCCAUGAAAUACCACAGAGA